AGGUUCUAGUGUAUUUAUAAAUAGAUAAACCAAAAAAUUGAAAAAAAAAAUAAUUACAAUUUAAAGUCAAGUGAAAUUUGGUGAAUAAUGUUUUAUCCAAUAUGGAUGGUCCAUUAAGAAGAAGACCGACCCGUAAAUGAACCCGAGUCACUCACAGUCACAGGUGUGAAACUUGGUUGGUCCCAGUGGAGUCCAGUCAGUGACCAGACCACCACAGAUUCCUCAUCUCAAUUUGUUGUGUGGCGAAGAAAGAGAUAACAUUUGUGUGAAAAUCCCAUACUCAGUUCAGAAUCACCUUCAUUCCCAAUCCGAAAUCCCUAUUCACAAUCAAUUAAUCAAUCGAACACAACAACAACCAGACUCGAAGGAUUCCUGAACCCUCCAUGGCCAACGUCAUCAUGGCCUCCUCCAAACUCAUUUCCCCACCCUCUAUCUCCAUCUCCUCCGUUGCCCCAACUUCCAGGCCCAAAAUCUCACUCCUCCAAGUCUCAGUUCCCAAAAUCUCCAAGACCCAAUUGCAAUCCCUCUCCUCCUCGGCUCUUAAAACCCUCUCCCUGGCUGCAGCCACCUCUCUGGCUCUGGCUCCCCCAUCACUAGCCGUGGAAAUCGAAAAGGCAGCUCUUUUCGACUUCAAUUUGACAUUGCCCAUAAUAAUGGGGGAGUUUCUGUUGUUGAUGGUGGCGUUGGACAAGAUCUACUUCACACCUUUAGGCAACUUCAUGGACGAGAGGGACUCGGCUAUUAAAGAGAAACUGGGUGGAGUUAAGGACACGUCCGAGGAGGUUAAGAAGCUUGAGGAACAGGCGGCCGCGGUGAUGAAGGCGGCUAGAGCUGAGAUAUCGGCGGCUCUGAACAAGAUGAAGAAGGAGACACAGUUGGAAGUGGAGCAGAAAUUGGCGGAGGAGAAGAAGAAAUUGGAUGCAGAAUUGCAGGAAGCUUUGGCCAAGUUGGAGGAACAGAAGAUUGAGUCUAUCAAAUCUCUUGAUUCCCAAAUUGCUAAUCUCAGUCAGGAUAUUGUCAAGAAGGUUCUUCCUCUUUGAUUUUAAUUUUAAUUUUAAUUUUAUUCCUUUUUGAAAGGCCAACAUUUAUAUUUGUACGAUAAUAUUAUGUGAUGCAUGUAAUGAUAAUAUGGUGUAAUCAAAUCUCAGGAGAUACAUUUGAUAUAUAUAUUUAAAUUCUCAAA